ACUUUUGUAAUAUUUGAAUUGGUAUUUACGUCCUAUUGACUUUUGCUGAUUAAUGUUUGACAUAAUUUCCUGUACUGUAGAAAAAAAAAAGAUCUUGAUAGAGUAUGCUCCACAGACAAGAAACUGUCGCGUUUAUAAAUUAAUUAUUUAUUGUUAUAAAUAACAUCCGUCCUAUCACAAAAUUGAAUAAUUAGAUUGUGCGAUAAUUAUUCCCAGGUCAAUACUUUUCUAAACAGACAGAACGAAUAAAAAUUAUUUGCUCGUUAACAGAGAGCCCUGAGACCUUAACAGUUUGAGAAGACAAUUGUCCAGUGUUUUACAAAAAGCGUUACAAAUAUAAAAUUAUCUCCAGAGUUCUUUACUGAAUCAACCAUGUGGGUAGUCUUAGAUGUAACGCAACUUUGUGAAGUACACGUGCUGUGUCUACAGCCCAGCCUUUUCCCGCGCUUGUGACCCAAAGGUCUCAGUUUUUUAAAAUAACAUACUUUACACUUUUUUUUUUUCGCGUAUCGCUAAAACACACGUUUUUAAUUGGCCUUUGAUGACUUCAUAUCUCUGUCGUUAGAACCUGUCUGGGAGUUAUUAACAAAAGAGUAAGUUAUUUACACAAAUAUCGUAUUGCAAUGUAAACUAGGCGUGUUGAACAUGUUGAAACUGAAAGGUCAUCUUCAAUAGAAACAAUGUAUGCUGACCGCACGGCUUGUUAUUUUACCACUCUGCGUCGCGUCGAAUGCAAAGCGAUUGCAAACCCUUAGUGCCGUAUAUAAGUCUCAAGCUAUUUUAUGCCUGGAAAGGUUUUCAAUCUGACAGAAAUGCAAUAAGGAUAAACCAUGAGUGUCCAAUCAGAACUCCUUCCCUUGGUGUUGACCGUGGUGGUCUGGGUCACGGUCAUGGCUCUCGGAGUCCUGUCUGUUCUGUGUUGGAAGAGGUUCAGGAAUCUCUCGUUCAUGGAACAGUUCCUCGACUACAGACAGGUUCCAACUGCCACAGAGGCCAACGAAACUAAUCAAGAAAUCAGUAAUGGUCAUGCUGAAGAAGUCAAGGAAACAUUGAACAAGGACGAAACUGACGAGAAAGAUACCACAGAGAAGAAGCGGAAGCCUCCUCCUCGGCAAUACCCUUCCCAAGCCCCUCCUCCAUGGAUUCCUAAACCGGAAGUUAGUGUGGUUUCUGUUCAACCCCAAGACUCCUCAAUUAAGGAUGAUGACGAUAUUCCGUAUUCCAGCUCUGACGAGGAACCAAUACCGUCCCCAGCGACUCGGGAAACUAUGACGCCUUACGAUCUGUCGGAUUCAGGCCCCGCGGAGCGCUACAUUCCUCCAAGCGAGGCAGACUUUCUUGGCCGAGUGUACUUUUCGCUUCAAUUUGACCCUGUCAGGACUGUGCUUAUAGUGAAGCUCAUCAAGGGAGAAGAAUUUCCACAAUAUGCCGGCGAUUCUCCAAAUGUUUUUCUAGAACUUAAGCUGGUGCCAGCCAUGAAGAAGGAGAUUCUCAAAACAGAUAUUCACGAAAGAAACGCCAAUCCAAACUUAAAUGAAGUCUUCGAAUUUGGUUUGCCAUACGAUGUGGUCAAACAACAAAAUUUAAGCUUCACGCUAAUGUACAUGGACAAAUUUUCACACCCCUUCCCCGUAGGGGAGGUGACCCACCACUUGGACCACUUGGAAAUGGUAGGAGCUGGAACGGUUCGAGAAGAAAUGAUUGUAUGCAGAGAAAUACAAAGACUACAGCAGGUGAAGGAUCAGCCACGUGACCUAGGCUUCGGCCAGGUGUUGUUCUCACUUAUGUUUAUGCCGCUGACCAGACGGCUGACGAUCGUAGUUUUUAAGGCGCAGCACUUGAAGCCCGCCAAGGAAGGAUUCCCAGCCAUGUACGUCGAAGGUGUAAUGAUCAACAUCAAAAAGAGACAACGCAAAAGAAAAACAACAACUCUCCGAACAGGCAGCUUAUUUCCGGUUUAUAACGAGGCUCUAGCCUUUGAUGUUGCCGACGUUAACUUGAAAGACAUUCGCCUGCAAGUCUUUGUCAAACAGGAAAUGGAAAGUUCUCCUGAUCAAGUUAUAGGCCGCGUUAUCAUGGGGACUAACACGGAGGGCCUGGAACUGCAGCACUGGAAAGAGGCUAUGACGUCAAAGAAACCUAUUGCGCAGUGGCACAGCUUACGGGAAUACCAUCCGGCAGAUCAAACAAUUACUGGCGUCGUAUCACCCACNGGCCUGGAACUGCAGCACUGGAAAGAGGCUAUGACGUCAAAGAAACCUAUUGCGCAGUGGCACAGCUUACGGGAAUACCAUCCGGCAGAUCAAACAAUUACUGGCGUCGUAUCACCCACUCAUAAAUCUGUUAUUUGA